GUAGCAGACGAAACGCCGAGUGUGUGUGUGUGUGUGUGUGUGUGUGUGACAAGUGUUUGGCUGCCUCACCUGUUGUCCCGCCCCCACCCGUGUGCCCAGCCCUGACCCUGACCCCGAGGCACGUAAGCAGCUCACCGGCAAGAGUUUUUCACAUUCCAGACUCAAGACACAUAUUCCAAUAAUGAUUCGAUGUUGAGACGGUAUAAAGACAUCCUAAGUUCCAUAGUUUGGCACACAGUUACUAUAAAAAUGGCAUGGCACUGGUUGGAGACUAAGGACAGGGAGCCUGGCUGGCUGCUCACCCCAUGUCCUGCACCGAGAUCUUUGGCUUUGUGCUGAGUGAGACGCUUUGUCACGUCAGCCGCCGCCCAGCCAAGCACAACCCUGCCAUGUUCUCCCACCUCUCAGACGCACUCCAGGCAGCUGCUGAUGUGGUGGCACCACCAUGUCCCCGAGUGGAGGAUCUCCGCUACCACUGGACACAGUUGUCUAUUGUGUGUCAGCGGUGCCGGCAUGCAGAGGGCCCAAAGCCAGCUAUUGAGGAAACUCAUGUCCCCCGACACUUGCAUCAAAUGCUGAAGGCACUUGUGGCAGAGGAGCGAGAGGAAGGCUUUGGGGGUCCCCUCAGCCCCUGCAUGGAAUAUCUGGUCCAGGAGAAGGUGCUGGCCAUGUUAGCCUCCCAUGCCCAGGCAGACUGUCCAUUAGGGAUACGACAACACGCCUACAUCUUCCUGGUGGGCGUGCUCAACCACCUCCACCACUCCCACCUCCACCACACACCAAUACACAAGCCUCUACAGGCAAUGGUUCAGGCCAGCUGUGAGAUGAGAGCCUCACCAUAUGAAGCAGAAGAGAUGGAGUUCUUAACCACACUUUGUGAAAAAAUUCGUCAGGACAACAGCAUUAUCUUACUGUACAUACAGCCAUCAGCAAUGACUAGUGGACAGUUAAGCAGCAAUCCUCCUGAAGACAGUCUUCCCUCAACCCCAACACACGAGGGAGCAACAACCACCACCACCUCCUCCACCACCACCACCACUGUCCCUGCCUCUGCCAACAGCACCACUACCACUACCACAACCUCCAUGGAGGCAGGAGUACACAAAUCACAACCAAAGUUUCCACUCAUUGAUGCUCUUCUCAACCUGUGCCACAGUGCAGACAGCAGCAUUUCAGGGGCAGCCCAUGAGUGUAUGGUGAGUCUGGCCAGUGUACGGGAGGUGUGGAGCAGCACCACCAUCGCCCGCCACACACUCCUGCCCCACUAUCUUGCCACCAGACUCAUCACCUCCUCAGAUGCCAUUCCUGAAGACACAGAACCUGCCCUCAUAGAAGAUGUAUCUGUGCAAAACCCAACCAAGAAUGAAGUUGGGGAGAACAGUGACAGUGAGGAGGAAGGAGAGGAUAUGAGCGACUUUCCUGGGAGGAAAGAACUCGUCAUUUUCUUACGUUGGCUUGACUUCUGUGAUAAGGUGGUGGGUGUGAGUGACGGGUCCCUCGGGUCCAGCAUCUGCACUGCCGUGCAGGAGGCAUUCUUGGACGGGCCAUUGAGGAGCAGCUUGACCAGCCUGGAUGAAGACACUCGCUCCCUGUACCUGGCACUGAUGGCAAAGAUUGUCACCUCUGUGUCUUCUCCAAUGUUGGUUAAUGCAAUCAUUGGGUGGCUGACAGAAGAUACAGAAGAGUUGGAAGGGACGGGAAGGAGCAUCAGGCACCACCUCCUGGAGCAGUGCCGGGCACCGCCACACCACCUCCAAAUACAGGCACUCAGACUGCUUCAGGUGAUGCUGGAGAAGCCGGGUAGCUUGGCCGUCCAAUCCUUGGUCUUGAAUUAUGUGAGCACCCGGGGCUACCAUGACUCCUCCGCUGCUGAACACCAGCAGAGCUCAUGGUCAGAUGAGGAGGAUGAGCGGUACAAGCACAGGGAAGGCGAAAGAUCUCCUGACUCCUUGCCCAUCAGUAGGACACUUGCACCAGCUAACAUUAAUAAAAUUGUCAAGAGGUUCUUGACACUGGUACCGGAGGAGCUGAGGUCCACCACCAAGGAUGACUUUGAAAGCUACAUGGCAGAUGCACAGAAGCAAUACAGAGAUGUGUGUCGGUCGUGUGCAUCAUUUGGGUGGCCGCGUGAAGCAGUCACCCCCGAGUGUCCCUCAGACUCUUCCUCAACAACAUCCCGAGAGUCCCGGCCAGAGGCAGAAAACAAUACUUACUGCGAAGGACCCUUCCUGGGCAUGCUCAUGGACUUCCUGGACCAUCUGCCAGACCAGGACUAUGACAUCAACCUGCAAAUAACUUCCCUGGUGGCUACCUUGGCCCUGCUGCCUCACCCCCACCUUCACGAGUACCUGCUAAACCCGACACUCACCCUGGUCAGUGGGGUGCGGACACCCUUCUCUGUUCUGGCCUCUGUGGUGACCCGUAUCCACCAGCCUAUCGUGGAGCGAGAGGACUAUGUGGACCACCUGAAGGUCACCAGGUACCAGCUCCUUGGCUCCAUGGAAGAGUUUGACUUUGAAAGAGACAUGGAUGACCGCAAAUUUGAGGCCUUAAUUGUUAUUGAAGAGUUCUCCAAAGAGUUGGCAUCAAUUGCAUAUGCAAAGUACAGUAUAGAGUGCAGCAGAUGGUGAGCCUUUCAGUCCAGCAUACUAGUAUGUGCUGAAAUGUUAACUUAUGUGCAUUGUCAAUAAUCCAUUUAUGUUCAUUCACCGAAGUCGUUCAUUGACUACUGUAUAUACUCAUGUAAAGGUCAACCCUCCCCAAGGCUGUGCUAUGUUCAACUUAGGAAUAAAUUCAACACCCAAUAAAGUGUUUAUAUAUGACUGUAAGUUCUAAACUUGAGAUUCAAACAAAUGUAAAAAAUUGACAUUUACAUGAGUAUAUGAAGCACAUGAUUUAUAUAUUGUCAUAAUUUUGGUUUGAUAUUAUAUGUAUUGUUGAUUGUUAAGUUGUUAUCCCAUCAGCUUCUUUGGGUUCAGCCAGUAAACAAUCCCCAAGCUGAGUGACUACAGACCAUCCACCUUGCACCCUCCCUUCUCCAACAUGACCUCCAGCUUCAUGAUGCACAGAUGGGAUGGGGUUGAUGAUACUCUAGUAUGAUUCACACACUGAUUAAAGUAGAAGGAAGGAAUUUAUAUAUUACUUUAAUAUAGAGAGAAUAUAAGACAAAGUUGAAAGAUUAUACCACAGAACAUCAAUUAAAGGUAAAUUGAUUCAAUGUAAUCAAUUUAAUUAGUCAUUCACAACUAUAGACAACAUAUCAAUUUAAAGAGUUGAAUCUGGCACCAAUUUAGUUUCCAGAUAACUUCUGCGAUCGCCAAUAUUAUUCUAGUUUAGGACCACUGACAUAUACAGUUGUUACAGUCAAGAUCUGAAUUAUUAUGAACAUCUAGUGGCAUUACUUUAUGUUCUUCCAUUACUUCAGUAUUGCACAAAGAAAUAAAGGUUGUUCAUGAAUUAGUUUUGAGGUUGGAGGUGUAGGGCACACUUCUCACAGCUUAGGAAGACACGUUCAUCAAGGCACCUAAAGGUUUAGGCUUGGUGGCACUUGCAAUGAACUAAGAGCUGGUUUUAUUAUGUCACCUUUUUUUGUAAGGUUACAUUUAUUCAAAUUACCUAUUUCUAAAUGCUUAUGUAUCAUUAUUCAGCAAUAUGAUUCUGUGAUUCUAUGUUGUACUCGAGACAUGGGAACUCAUAAUUUUUACAGUACAGAUUUUAAUUUAAAACUUCUUGAAUGUACUUCUUUGUCUCUUUUUCCCUUCCUAUUUUGUUUUGGGGGCAUUCAAAAUUUUAUUCUGUAAGUCUUUCAAGUAAAGAAAAAAAAAAGUUCUGCUGACCUUUUCAAAUGAAUGUAUGUUAAACAAUCUCUGCCAUAGUCUGUCAAGUUUCUUUAAGGUCACAUUCCUGUGUCCACAUUAAAUAGUGGGAGAUGCAGUCCAUCCAGUGUCUGAGGGCUGGGGACAUGCUGGCACACUGGUUCUCAAACUGUUAGCUGAUGUAGCAUUCGGUGCUGGUCAAGCACUCCUAACCCAACUAUGAAUUUAAAAUGAGCAAAACGGAAGUAAAUGGUACAUUAACCUUACUCUAUCAUAUGUAGUUCAAGAGAGACCAGCUGAGAAACUCUGAGCUAAAAUUUAACUUCUGUCGUGCCUCUGUCCAGUAAACUACAUCAAACAGGUGUUCUGAGUCACACUUCAUGUACACACACUGUCGUGCACCCCUUAGGGUAUGCAUAUCCCAGUUUGAGAACCAUGUGCUAGUAUCUCAAAUUCACAUCUGAAUUCAAAGUCUCACACUCAUUUUUGAGUUUUUAAAAAGAAUGCAACCCACCUGAUUAGUUUAGUGACUUAAGACAUACCAAGAUAAAAGGUAGUGUGUGACAUGGUGCAUACAGAUGUGAGCCUCUCAGUAUUCAGUGUCCAAGAGGCAUUUGGAUUCUCACCCACAUGCCUCUACUUUAGUCUGCAGAUUAUAUAUUAUUAAAGCUCCAUCUUUAUCAGAUAGCAAUGGAAUCAUGAACAACAAAACAUCCAAUGCAUGUAACAAUAAGUGAAACAAAGAUUUCAUGAAACUCAAUCUAAAUUACCUCACCAUUAUAUUACAAAUACCAUUGCUGUGUUCCAUUUCUGUACAUUGUAGAAAUAAUAAUCAAAAUAAUAACAUGAAGUGUAUACAUGCCCUGUAUGCAUAACAAAGCUGUGCCAUGUGAUAGGUUUACUGUUUUGAAUUAGAGAGUCAUGCAGUAUUCAUGUAAAUAGCUCAGAGAAUGUAUAAGUAGUCCAUGUGUUUAACAGUUAUUUGAUGGGAUACCUUUGAAGGUGCAGAUGUUGCUUGUUACAAUUUUAAAGUUUGGUUUGACUGAUUCUAAUUUAAAUUAUUGGUGAAGGUUUCAGUGUAAUGGUUAAGUGAGUGUUAAAGUUGUGUUUUUGGAUUUUUUUUCUUCUCAUAUAUGGUUUUAGUGGUGUGAUUGGUGUAAAAGACAACACCACUUUUGAUGCACGUCCUUCAUAUCAAUAUAUGGACACACAGAUUGAUCUGACACAAUUGACAAUGGGUUGUGGGGCUUCAAGGCUCGUGUCCCAGAAGUUCUCAUUUGCAAAUGUUAAAACUUAUAGUUUUGUAUAUCUUAAGUUGCUGCUACAGCUUCAUAAAGUACCUUUCCAUCCAA